AAACAUUUUAUUUUGUAUAAGCAGAUAACAUUUUCCCUCUAAACGGCCGGCGAAUUACGAACAUCUCCGGCGAGUGAAGCAUCUCCGGCGAUUAAGCGAUCCAAAUUCAGGUAAUCCCAUAACCACCGGCGAAUCUUCACUGUUAAGCUUAUGGGCUAUGAUGGGAGGAGUUACCAUCUGCGCCGGUAGCAAACCCCACUACACUCCGCCUCCAGGUAACCAAUGCAAGUACGCCGGCCAAUCAGUGAGAGCGCUGCCGAUUCGAAUUCUAUCGGUGGGGAAGAAGAGAUCGACUGGGGUUCAGCUCAUAGUUGACGAAUAUAUUGAGAAGCUCAAGCACUAUUGCCCCGUCGAAGAUGUUCGAUUAAAAUCCAACCCAAAAAAUGCUCGUGACGUAACAGCUCAGAUAGAACACGAAGAUAUAUCUGUGAUGGGAGUUAUCAAAUCCAAUGAAUGGGUUGUGUUGUUGGAUGAGCAUGGACUCAGUUUAGGGUCUGAACAAAUGGCUUCUCUAAUCGGAGAUGCGGGAAAUACAGGAGCUUCAAGCAUGGUGUUCUGCAUAGGUGGACCGUACGGUCAUGGGAGACAGUUGAGGGAGAGAGCUGACGUGUCGAUCCGUUUGUCGUCUUUGGUCUUAAACCAUGAAGUUGCACUGGUUGUGCUGGCUGAGCAACUCUACAGGGCAUGGACUAUUCUCAAAGGCCAAAAAUAUCAUCAUUAGGAUAACCUCUCUUUCGAAUAUUCCUGAUUGAUCAACAACAACAUGCUUUUGAAUAUAUAUACAUGUAUGAAUGUAUAUCUGAUUUUUAUUUUACAAGAAUUAAAAGCAUUUCUUCAUUUUCUUAGAUUUUUGUGGAUCUGCCUUGUCACCCGGCCAUGAUAAUCACUAGUAAGAUAGUGAUGCACAGUGCCACACACAUUAAAACCUUAUCGCCUCUUAGAUAUUUUUAUUAUUAUUAUUAUUAUUUAUU